UGCUUUUCUGAGACUCUCUCAGUCUCACUCUUUUUUACUUGUGUGACUUUGCAUUAGGAAAUGGCUGCAGCUGCAGGGCGAGUGCUCCUGCUUGCCGACGACGCCGAUGCCAGUCGCAGCGUGUCGCCCGCCGUGCUGCCUGCGCUCUGCUUUGACCGCAGCGCCUUCUUCCGCCCAGCCGCAGGACCAGGAUCAGGACCAGGAGCUGCAGGACCGGUCGGAGUCGCGAGCCACGACAGCAACAGCACCCAGCCAUCCCAUCCCAACCAACCCGGCUCCGCUCCUCCGACUGCCAAUGCUGCCACUUCUGAUGCCGGUGCUGCGUUCCAUGUCGAGGAGUUUGUGGCGCAGUGCAGGCAGCGCGUCUCGCUCGAGCUCCUCCUCGCCGAUCUCCAAGUCUUCCUCGCGUCGCUCCACAGCGAACUCGUCGAGCUCAUCAACCGCGACUAUGCAGACUUUGUCAAUCUCUCAUCCAAUCUGGUCGGAAUGGACAAGGCGAUCUCGGACAUUCGCGCCCCGCUCUGGCUCAUGCGCGAGGAAGUGACGAACGUUCGUGCUGUCGUCGAAGACAGCGUCAUGACCGUGCAGGCCAAGCUGGACCAACGCGCGGCCGUGCGUGAAAAGAAGGCAACUCUAACACUGUUUAUCAAUGUCUCGGCGUCGCUGGAAAAGAUUGAAAAGCUGCUCGCGCCGUCUUCCAGCACUGCCGCAUCUGCGUUGGCAGCGCCAGGAGCACCAGUAGACGAAUCCACAGCAGCCAUCACUGCAUCCACUCGUCUCAUUGAGCGUGUGGCAAGCGAGUUCAACCAGCUCCAAUUCUACGUCUCCCAAGGCCGCGAUCUUCCAUUCAUCCAAAAUUUGCACAGCCGCAUCUCGUUUGUCACGAGCAUUCUCAGUGCGUCCCUCGAACGGGGCUUUUUGGCCGCCUUGGAUGGCAACGACAGAAACAUGCUUACACAGUGCUUCCGCACGUACGCAUCCAUGGACAAGGCGUACGAAGCUGAAGCGUUGAUUCGCAAGCACUGGGUUGCACCAUUUCUACAACAGACGAUUAAUGCAGUCAACCUGAACUCUUCCAAUGGACUGCAGCGCAUCUUUGAGAACGUUCUGACGUUUGUUGACGACCGCAUCCGGCCGCUUGACGCGCUUGUUCUCGACACUGGCGCGCGAGGGUACGAUCUGGUCGUGAACAGCGUGUGGCCAGAGAUUGUGCAUUGCAUUUGCAACAACAUUGCCAGUAUUUUUGCACCUGCCAUUCCCAACAACUUUCAUCAGAACUUUGUCGCCACAACAGCCUUUAUUCGUCAGCUUGAAGCCAAGUGCAAUUCUGUCGUGUCUGUUAAACGCCUUCGAGAGCAUGAAGCGAGCCGGCAACUGCAAGACAAAUGGAAUCUUUCCGUCUAUUUCCAACUUCGUUUCCAUGAGAUUGCCUCCGAGUUGGAGACCGUCCUUCAAGCACAGCAGCAAUGCACGUCCUCGUCACUAAAGCGAGCCGACGCGUCAAGCAAGUUUCAUCUUCUUUCUACAGCAACCAUGUGGCAUACAAUCACGUCUUGCUGGUCCCCCACUAUUUAUCUUGAUGUUUUGAGCCAUCGCAUGUGGAAGCUCACAUUGCAGCUUAUUUCACGAUACGCGGGAUGGUCGCGUCAAUCCGUGUCCGACCUGUCCACUCACCUGCAAUCUGCUCUUCCGAACGACACAGGCGCAGUCGCGGACGGGACCCUGCAAAAUGCCAAAAACCUCUUUGCCAUUGCGAAUGCCGACAUCCAGGCGUGUCUCUUGGUGCAGUUGGAUGUGACGAGCUGCAUCGCGCAGCUGCCUGGGUUUGUUUCGACUGUCAUCGAGCCAAUGCUGCAGCAAUCGUUCUCGACGCUGGAACAGGACAAGGUUGCCAAUCUGAAAGAGUCCUUUGCCGAGUCGUACGGAUUGUUGCAAUCCACGAUCGCACCAAUCGAGCAAGUUGUCGUGCGCGCGUUAACUGAGGCCUGUACUUCUAGCUUGGCACCAGUCCGCGGUGUUAAAAGCGUCUACCGCAUGACCAACAAAGAAAUGCCCACCAAACCAUCGACCUACGUUCUCCCCAUAUUCAAGCCGCUUGCCGUUCUGCUCUCGCCACUCACAAGCACCGAGGUGUCGCCGAACGCCCUGCCGCAAGAGACGGCGCGCCGCUGGAUGACGCAAGUCGUCGAAACUGUUUCUUCGCGAUUGCUGGAGAUAUGUCAGGACGAGAUUGCAACAAUGCGCAAGCGCGAGGAUAGUUUGAGCAAGCUGAAACGAGGCAAAAAGUCCGUGGCUGGCGGCUUGGUUGCAGAAGUGACAGAUACCGACAAAAUCAUUCGGCAGCUCCAGUUGGAUACGGAUGCGAUUGCUGAGCAGAUCGACGAGCUCGGUUUGGCCAGCUCUUCCAUCGAGCAACUGCAAGAAUUGCGCAAUUGGCUCGCGACUGCUGCCAACGCACCACGCGAAUCUGCCGAAUAGUCUCGGAUUCAAAUUCGCCAGUAUGUUGUUACAAUAUUAACUCGUUAUUCGAUAUUUCCAAUGGUGGUUUUUAUUCAGAUAAACAAUUUUGU